AUUACAGGGCCCGGGGCUGCACUUUGAGCUCACUGCGCUCAUGCGGGCUCUUGAGAAAAAGCCGCGCAUCUGAUUCUCACGACACGGAUAAAAAAAAAAAACAACAAAAAAAAAAAACCCGCACACAAGUACACACAUCGCGCACACGCUUGCGCGCUCAUGAGCCUGGGGAACCAGUCAGCCAGCUGCUCGAGGACGUUCCUGCCCGUCUUCAGCAACUUCAGCCCGCACACUCCAGCACAAACACAGCGCCACCGGAGCGGCUUUUACUGCGCUUUCCCAGUCGGACCAGCAGCACCAGAGAGGAUGUAGAGCGUCUCCGCUGCUGCCAGACCUCACUGAAAGUUUCGUUGGUGAACACAGAGAGAAGAGGAGAAAGAGAAGGAGGACGCAGGACGAUGGGAGACUUUCACUAGAUCCACUCCAGCGCUGAACACCAUGGCUGUGGACGCUGCAUCCAGUUUCAGUUUCUGCAGGCCAGCUGUGGAGUAUAGGGCUCUGCCUGAGGACUUUAAGCAGCAACUGAGUCGACGGACGGGUGGGAACCUAACCUGGCAUGACGGCCGCGGACAGAAAACUGCUGGAGGCAGAACAGUGAAGCUGCUGCAGCAGCCGGGAACCGACGCCCUGCAGUACCGUUCCAGUGACAGUUAUGGGAUAUAUCACACGAGCCCGACACAGCCCAGCCUGAUCCGUCCUGUCGUGCUUUGGUCACAACAAGAUGUUUGUAAAUGGCUCAAGAAACAUUGUCCACACAACUACCUGACCUAUGUGGAGGCGUUUUCCCACCACGCCAUCACAGGUCGUGCGUUGCUGCGUCUGAACGGGGAGAAGCUGGAGAGGAUGGGUUUGGUGCAAGAGACACUUCGACAGGAGCUGCUGCAACAGGUGCUGCAGCUGCAGGUGCAGGAGGAGGGACGCAACCUGCAGCUGCUCAGCAGAGGUUCCUUUGGAAAGAUAUCAUAGCUGAAACACAUGGACACUGUGGAUAUGUCAUGAUAGAAACUGAAAUGUGAAUCACAUCUGUGGGAUGAAUGCAUCCAGCGAACAGCGAUUUCCAGAAUAAUGCUGAUAAGUGAAAGGUGGCAGCUUUUCAUUCGUUAUCUGCACGAUAAACUGACUUCAUCUUCUCAGACUGACUCUGAACUGAUGAAAAAGCAUCAUGACAAUCUGUUUUGUCAAAUUCUCACUGUGCUGUGAUUAAUUAUUAUUCCUCCCUGACUGUCUUCUUCCUCUUUCUCUGUCUGAAACUUUUUUAAUGUCCGAAAAAUCAUUAAUAAAUAAAAAUCUGAAAAUGUCA